CUGUGUCUCUGAAGGGCUGAGAGAACUGCCAGCCCCCUGGAGAGAGCAGUGCUGCGAGCAGGGACUGGGGGAAUGAGAGACAGCUGUUGGGGGUUUGCAGGUGGAGGCCCUGAGGCCAGGGCAAAGAGGAUGCUGGGGUCAUAAGGAAGUGGCCAGACAAUUCACUGCAGUAGCCACUAAGGGAAGUGGCUGAACAUUGGGCUGCAGGUCCCCCUGAAGGGGGAAGCACAGUGUGUGGCACGGUCGGAGGGCUGUGUCGCUGAAGAGGAUGCUGUGGUCCUUGGAGAGAGGUGGGUCCUAGAGCAGGAAUGACAGUGGUGAGGCACCACCUGAAGAGGAUGCACUAUCAUGCAGAGCUAAUUCCCAAGACUGCCAGCAGGAGGUGCCACAGUGAACCGUGAUGGGCCUUCUGCACUUGAUCCUGCUAUCUACUUUCCUCUCAGUUUCCAUGACAUCAGAAUCAUUUCAUGCAAUGGAAGAUGAGGCUUUGGUUGUAAAGUGUCCCCAAAACUGUCAAAAUAGGACCAUCAAAUGGUAUAUCACACAAACUAACCAGCUCAUUCCUGCAGAAGAGGGUGGACGGAUACAUUCUUCUGGACGAUUUCUUUGGUUUUUGCCAACAUCAAAAGAGGACUCAGGAAACUACACUUGUGUUACACAAUAUUCUAAUUAUACAAAACAGUCCACUGUGAGUGUGAUGGUGUAUCCACACAAACAAGGUAUUUGUUUCCCAAGUCGGAUACGUUAUCCAAAUGACACCGGAACGUUAACUUCUGGAAGAAUCGUUUGCCCUACGAUUGACAAUUAUGCGAAGGCUACUAUUGUCAAGUGGUAUAAGGACUGCAAACCUCUCCAAGGACCAUGUGAAAAAUAUUCAAUGGGAGAGAAGUAUCUUUUUAUUGAACGUCCACAAAAAACUGACGAAGGAUAUUAUACUUGUCAUUUUACCUACAUACACAGUGGAAAUGUAUAUAAUGUAUCAGCGACAAGACCCUUUAUAGUUAAAGAAGAAGUUUCUUCACCUAUACCUCCCAAAAUUCAAUAUCCAACAGACAAUACUGUAAUACAAGUGGAGUUUGGUUCUCCUGUGAACAUUAGCUGUAGAGCCUUUCUGGGGAUUGGAAAGCAAAAUAUAGCCGUUGUUGCAUGGGAGGUUAAUGAAAUCAAAGCUGAAUAUCUCAACACUUCAAGGUUUCGUGAAGACCAUCAAUUUUUUAUGAGACGUGAUCGGGAAUAUUAUGGAGAGUCCAUUUUAACUAUUGAGGAAGUAACGGAAGAGGAUCUUCUGUCGAAUUUCACAUGUGUAGCACUAAACGAAAUAGAAAAUGUAAUGCUCACGGUGACAUUACAGCUCAAAGUGCCUUGUAAGGGAGAUAAUCACAGCACCUACACAACAAUAGGGAUUCUUGUUUUGUUAGUUAUAAUAGUCCUCUUGCUCAUACUUUACCAUUUUUUCCGAACUGAUAUUGUCCUACUGUGUCAGGGGAUAUUUAAACCCUACAAAACCCAGGAUGAUGGGAAGAUAUACGAUGCAUAUGUUAUCUAUCCCAAAAAUCGCACUAAUGAAGCUAAUUUUGUGGAAUAUUUUGUUCACCAGAUUUUGCCAGAUGUUCUAGAAAAUAAACACGGAUAUAAACUGUGUAUUUAUGGGCGAGACAUGUUGCCUGGGGAAGGUUACUCACAUUGUGGGCAGCAGUGUGUGAGAGUAGCCUCUGUGGAGCUGCUACUCUCCCUCUGCACAGAUGCAGCCAGUGCAUUAGAAAUGAGAAUACAGAAGAGCAGGAGACUGAUAAUCAUUCUAACACCACAGCUAAUUCAGUGUGAGGAAUUUGGUUAUGAACAUCAGAUUGCCUUAUACAAUGCCCUCAUUCAGAACAAUAUAAAGGUGAUCCUCCUUGAAAUGGAGACAAUUGGGAACUAUGAGGGCUUGCAAGAAUCCCUCAGGUACAUCAUCAAGCAGCAAGGUACCAUAAAAUGGAAAGAGAAGCACAAAGAAUGCCCACAUGCAUCCAACUCUAAAUUCUGGAAACUUGUGAGGUACCAUAUGCCACUGAGACACAAGCCUUCGCAACUCAACCAUGCAGUGUAAAUAGAUAAUUUUCUUAAAUACUGUUACUUUGUCUGUUUGAAUUGUCUGCUCCGGUUUGCUUUCUGUAAAUAUCAGGAUAUAGUUCCUUCUUACUCUACACAAAAUUUAAAAGAAUGGUAACAAACUAAAAUCCUCUUCCUUACUUCAUCAUUCUGUGAAGUAACCAUGUUGCCUAACUGGUGGUCGCUCUAGUCUUUCCCCUAAAUUCUCCUUCUUGUCUUAUCAUCUCACUAUAUCUUAUCUAAUACUGGUUCUAAUUCUGGGUUCUACUAUCUUUGUGGUGCUACAUUGACAUGUAUCUGAUAGCAGGAUCAGAGGCUUCGUUUGUAAGCUCUUCAUUUUAGGGACUGGGACUCUUCUGGUUUUGGGAGGCUCCUAUAACACAAUGAGAUGCCAUUAUAAAUAAAAUUAUAACAACAUACUAGUAAUAAUUAAGAAAUGCUUUAGAUGCUGCUGCUUAUGUAUUUUUGAAUGCUUGGAAUAAAAAAUUUGAAAUGUGAAUAAAAAUACAUUCUUUAUAUAGGUAGUGAAUUUAUCUCUGUAAUGUCAAAAAAAAGAAAUUAAAAUAUCACUCCGGUGUACUUUCAUUGCACUGUAAACAUUUUCUUAAAAUUAAAAUUUUAAAGCUAAAUUUACAGAAAGAUGAUUUUAAUGAAAAUUGCUACAUUUUCAAAAUAAUCAGCAAAAUUAAUUGUGUAUAGUUAAAUAUUGUGGCUGUGCUUGAUAUUGGAUUCUGAAGUAAAAUAGGAUAUUUUGUAUGCUUGAUUGUUUCAGGUAUCUUUUUCUCUUAGGUUCAUGAGAGUUUGCAAGAAUAAUUCCAGAUUCUGGUCCAGUAAGAUCUUGUAAAACUCAGAGAAGAAUCUGUGGGUUUGCUUAAUUGAAAAUCAAGCAAUGACUUCUAUCAGCUCUUGCAAGAAAAUAGGGGCCUCUUAUGUAUGUCUUUGCAUGUGAACAUGGGAAAGAGCAAGCUAUGCAGAAAAUAAGAGAGAAAUUCUUACAAGCGAUUGAAAAAGCAUGUGUGUUAUAAGGUUCCUCAUAGAAGAGCCUGAAAGUCCAGAUUUUUUUUUUCUGUAUUGAUAAGAAGGGUUUUCUUGUGUGAAUAGGUUUUCUUGAAUGGUCAAAAUGUUGCAAAGACAGCACACUUGUUUCUAUCUGUAAAUAAUAGUUUACUUGCUUUUUUAAGUAGAGAUAGUUGAAAAUUCAUCGUGGGUUUUCAGGUUUUUUUGUUUUGUUUGUUUGACAAAUUGUCUAAAUUUUCAGCUAUUUUGGUGAAAUUUCUUGGUGGAAUAUUUUUCCACUAACCAGCUAUAUUUGACAAUAUGUUUGACAUUAAUUUGUCUUAGCUGAAAAUGUACAAAUUCAGCCAGGUUGUAGAUCAGAUUUCCUCUGAGUUUGUGCCUGUUUGAUUGGAUCCCUGGCAAAUUUACCCCUCCCUUUACUUUAAUAUCUAUUUCUAAAUAGAGAAU